CUACUCACACUCUCCUGGGACUGUACUUCGACUGAGCGAGCACUCGACGACCAUGCCACGACCAUAUACCCCUGCGCUUUUGAAUAUGUGGCUCGCACUCUUGCUCGUCGUGCCCUUGCUGGUUUCUGGGCAUAUGAUUGAGGUACCAGCCUCGAAGAAAGAAUGCUUCUUCGAGGACCUGCAUAUCAACGACAAAAUGACGGUGACGUACCAAGUAGGAGGCGGGGGCCACCUCGACAUCGACUUCUGGCUCGCAGACCCGGACAACAUUGCGCUCGGAAAGCACAUAAAGCAGUCGACUGGCACCGUGUCCAUAACGGCGAAGAAGGAUGGACGGCACGAGUACUGUUUCUCGAACAUGAUGUCCACAGUUGUGGACAAGAUGGUCAGCUUCAACGUGCACGGCGUCAUCUACGUCGACGACGAAGACAUUGUCUCGCCCAUCGAGCGCGAAAUCCGUCAAUUGUCACAUGGGUUGACUUCCGUGAAGGAUGAACAAGAAUACAUCGUCGUCCGCGAGCGGACCCAUCGAAACACAGCGGAGUCAACAAACGACCGUGUCAAGUGGUGGUCUAUCCUCCAAGCGAUAGUCCUUUUCUCCGUUGUGGCAUGGCAGGUCUACUACCUGAAGUCUUUCUUCGAGGUCAAGCGGGCCUUCUAGUGUACGGGGAUAUAUGGUCGUCUUGCAUAAUUUAUCUCGCUCUUUCUGACCCUUGCUGUGCU